AUGGGAGUACCGGCUGGUAAUGCUGAAAAUGGAAAAAAGAUCUUUGUUCAAAGAUGUGCCCAAUGUCACACUGUUGAAGCUGGUGGCAAACACAAAGUAGGCCCAAACCUUCAUGGUUUCUUUGGGCGCAAAACUGGCCAGGCGCCUGGAUUCUCCUACUCAGAUGCUAACAAAGCUAAAGGCAUCACAUGGGGUGAAGAUACCCUGUUUGAAUACCUUGAAAAUCCAAAGAAAUACAUCCCUGGUACCAAGAUGGUGUUUGCGGGUCUUAAGAAAGCUAAUGAAAGGGCAGACCUUAUUGCAUACCUGAAGGAAGCUACAAAG